ACGGCACGGGAUUGUGCAAGAUUAGGCAAAUGACACAAGAAGCAACACGUUACCCCGAGACCAAGACAGAAAAGAAAUGGAGCCUGCUGAGACGCCCGACGAGUACUAUUACUACGAGGAGACUGAGAACAACACCAUGUGCGACUACCCCAUGUGGACGGCGUCCCGGCCGCUCAUUUCAGUGUUCCUCCUGCUCGUCUUCAUUUUGAGCCUGUUUGGCAACAGCGUGGUCAUUUCCACUGUGUGGAAGGUGCAAAGGAAGCGGCAAGCGGCCUUCCUCUAUAUCGGCAACCUGGCCCUGGCCGACCUGGCCUUCACCGUCUCACUGCCCCUGUGGGCGGUGUACACGGCCAUGGACAACCACUGGCCCUUCGGGAUGGCCCUGUGCAAGAUCAUCAGCUAUGUGGAUCUCCUCAGCAUGUACGCCAGCGUCUUCCUCCUCACCUGCAUGAGCUUUGACCGCUACCUGGCCAUUGUGCACUCACUGUCCUGGCCGUGCACCGGCAGCCACAUCUACGCUUCCAUUGUUGCCGUCUGGAUACUGUCGGGACUCCUGUCUACACCCGCCCUCGUCUUCCGCACCACCUUGGACGACCUGAGCGGCAACCGCACUUUCUGCAAGUUAGACUUUAGGUUUGUCAUCACCAGUGCGCAUCAGGCGAGUUUGCUGUAUGCCGGGUUUAGCUUUUCCUUAUCCACCCUGGGGUUUCUGGUCCCCUUACUGGCCAUGGUGGUGUGCUAUGGGUUGAUCGGCUGUACGGUGUUUCGCCACUUCAACACUUGCCGCAAAGGAGACCAACGCAAGUGGCAACUCUUGAAGGUCAUCACCACAGUGGUUGUGGUUUUCGCCGUCUGCUGGAUCCCCUACCAUGUGGUGAGAACCGUGGGCACCCUCUCUGAUUUGAACCUGUUUCCAGACACCUGUGCUUUCAAGCGCUCUCUGCUGCUGGCCUACCCAUACACCGCCUGCGUGGCCUAUAUCAACAGUUGCCUCAACCCCUUCCUCUACGCCUUCUUGGACCUGCGUUUCAGGUCACGUUGCCUGCAAUUGCUUCAGCUCAAGAAGUACUGCCACAAACCCACCAGGGUCUAGUGCAGGGGUGGGCAAACUGUUUGACUGGCGGGCCGAAUUUGGUUCUAAAUUUUGAUCGGGGGGCCGAACCAGGAGCAGAUGGAUGUACCGUAAUUUUCGGACUAUAAGUCGCACCGGAGUAUAAGUCGCACCAGCCAUAAUAUGCCCAAAAAAGUGAAAAAAAACAUAUAUAUGUAUAUAAGUCGCUCCUGAGUAUAAGUCGCCCCCCCCACCCGAACUAUGAAAAAAAAACCGCGACUUAUAGUCCGAAAAUUACGGUAGUGUUUGUGUGAAGUAAUAGAAAUGACAUGUAAAGGUCAUUGCAUAAAAGGUUUGUACUUUUAGUAGGUAGUAAAGCAUGACUAUUCAAAAAAAGCUUUUAGAAAACAAAUGCAUUUAUCAACAACCAUUAAAAAAAAAAUCACCAAAAAACUACUACCAGUGAUUCUCAUUAAAUACGACACUGUUAUUAUGAAUAAUAGUUUCCAUCACUUCAGCGCCUGCAGGUCAGAUUUAUGGAAUAUGUUUAUCUAAUGAGGCAAAAUCACAUCCAACGGCAAACAUUCUGACCAAAUACAUCAUCUUGAAGAAUCAAUGAAAGAAUACUUCUAAAUAAAGUAAUAAAGAAAUCAA